UUUACGUAGUUAUAUCUAGUUAAAGUUUACAAAAUGGCCACCUCACUCAAAACUGCUCUGACGACAAAAAUGCGCCCCCUUGACUCUGUUCCUGCUUCAGCUGACCAAAACCAUAAAUGGUUUUGCUCAAACAAACCUUGUUUAUAGACCACAUUGGACUCAACAGAUGGAUCACGCUCCAUCAUCCUCUCCACACCUGCGAGGUGUUGUUGCGAUGAGACGCAUAUUGAACACCCAACUGAGAGAUAGAUGAGAGUGCAGGAUGAAUGGGCUGGAAUCGAUGAAUAUUCAAGCCUGUGACGUCACUGAUGGAGCCCUGUUGGCGUCAUAGAGAUUAGAGUGGAUGAUGGGAUUACGGCUGAGAUUCCAUGCCGCCCUUGGAUUGGCUGCCACUCUGCUUUUGUUGGUUGGAAGCGCUCCUCGAGUUGCGUGAUGCCACCAGGCCAUUCUGCUGCAUCUUCUCACCACGUCCAGUGCUUCACUCCAUCUCUCUGUGAUCCAGAAGUCGCUGGACUAAACAGGACCAAAGUCAUCCACAAGCUUGCAGCACUGCAUGAGGACAAGCCCCGUCACAUGACUCCAUAUUUGAAAACAUACAGUCGGAGAUCAGCGGCUGAGAGGCUCUUCACAUUUUGGAGAAGGGUGAACUAAACGAGGAGCUCUCAGGGCUAAUGUCAGUGACGAGGGGGGUAAUUUGACUCGUGUGUGUGCGUGAGCUCCAGUGCACGUGUGCUGGCGUGUGUGUCUCUGGAGUAGAGCAACACUGUGGUGACCAUCUGCAGCGUGAAAAAAAAGCCUGCGAGCUGUGAACGUUGUUCAAGCAGAAAGAAAAGGAGGAGUGAAGGCUGGAAGGAGAGUGAGGGCGAGAUGAGGGAUUUAUCAGUGACUGGAAUACUAAUCCACACAUUUGCUGUCUGAGACUGGAACCUCCAGAGGACGGUCGGUCCCUCUUCACGUGAGCAUCUCAUCCUCAGUGUGAGAUGAAUCUGAAUCUGAGAUGAAUGACAGUUGUUGUUUACUUUGGUCUGAUCUUCAGUUUCUCCCUGCUCCUGCCCCUCUCACCUGGACCUCCUCUGCAGUUCAGAACUGCUGUGUCUGUAGAUCCAUUCUGUGGCCGCCGUUUGAUCCUCUGUGAUGUCGUGACUCUGUGUUCUGCUUGGAGUUCAGGGUGUGUGUUUGCUGACCUCUCCUUUCUGCUUUUGCGUCAGAUCCUUUGCCUCAGUUCCGUUGGUGUGUUUGCCUCCUGGUUCGGCGGGAGCCUCAUGCUUCCAUCUGUCUUUUUUGCCUUAUUUUACUUAUUUUUCUUUUUUUCAAUAAUCUCUUUUGUUUUUCUGCCUGAUAAUACAUUGAUUUUAUUAUAAAAUAAUAAAAACAUGCCUUUGAAAUAUCACUGAUGGCAUUUAGCUGAGUGUGGCAGCAUCGAGCCCAGACAGUCGGGGAAGAGGAAGUGAUGAAUCCUUCAAGAGGCUGGUGGCUCCAAAUGGCAGUGCAAUCCUCUGUUCCUCCUCGUAUGUCUCCACUAUCUUCAUAAGCCCAAAGAAGCGUGACACAGACACCACCGGCCACCUGAGGCGCCUCUGAGUCCACACAGAAUUCCAGCUGAAAAUAACAAGUGAGUGACUAAUGCCGUGCAGGUAGAAGGAAUUAGAGUGUCGUGAUGUCACGUUUUCAUCUGGGAUUAUUGCACUGAACCAUGUGUUUGUUUUUUGAUUAGUAGCAUUUAAUUUAUUUAAGAAGAUGAGCUCACACACACACACGCAGAGUGUGGAACAUAAUUGUUUCCAAGCAUGUCUUUGAUGGCUGACUCACUGAGCAUGUCCUGCAUCAUAUCACGAUAAGAAGAACAUCAGUUUAAAGGCUGCAGCUGUUUCCCUUUCAUCCUGCCUCCCUCUUCCUCCUGCUGCAUCCCUCCAUCCUCCUACUGCUUUCACAAUGGUGCGCUAAGCCAGGCAAGAUAGGGCAAAUCCCUCCUCUGAGCCGAGCAGCCAGGAGAGGGAGGAGAGGCCGGGCUGAGAGCAAAACGCUUCCUCAAAUAUUCCUCUCUCAUUAAUCUCUCUCUCGUGCUGCUGCCGGCCUUGCUGUCAACGGGAAUCAAACCCAAGAUCUCCUGCCGGCCCUGAGCAGCGUGACCGCCAUUGUGUUUUGCCUCUAACUGAUGUGGAGCUUCAACACUUGCCAGGGAGAGGAGCGGAGGCUUCUGACUCAGCUCAGGUCAAACAUCAUUCCACUGCUCACCUGGGAAGCUGUCUGUCCAGCAGGAGGUCUCCACCCUGCCCGCACUCUCGUCCUCGCCUCCUUGAUUGAUCCAAAAUCCUCCUGUCCUUCCUUCCUCCCCUCAAAUCACCAUGACAUCAGAAAACAUCAGGGUCCACCGAGACUUCAUGGCAAGUGAAAGAUCUGGCCCCCGGUGUGACCUUGCGCUCCCUGACCCUGUACACAACUGAUUUUCCCAACUUCCUCAGCAACACUGACUGUUAAUAUUCAAGUCCAUAUGAACGCUUGUUUGCUGACCUCAGAGCUCCACGCUGGUCAGCCAUGUUAACUCAUGCCAUGUUACUGAGCAGCUCCCCGGUGGAGGUUUCCCAGGCAUGUCCAGCCAGGAAUAGACCAGGGGUCAGAUCCAGGUCAUGUGAGGGAGAUUACAUCCGCACUACGGAGCAUGUCAGUACUCUGACGCCGGGGUAAGGGAAAUGCUCGCGUCACCAGCAAUGAAUAAAGUCGAUUAAUUUAGCAUCAAACUAGUUCAUCAAAGUCAAAGCCGGUCAAACCAAACGCGUUAAUUUACCGUGUAAAGUUAAAUAUAUUGGAACACGUACCAACGAUUUAGUUCCAAAAUGAAACAGUUAAACUACCGUCUGCACCAUUAUUGUUCCUGUGGCGCCCCCUAACUGCUGAAGCUAGUAACACAACUGAUUCUAACUAAUUCUUCCGUUAUGCUCAAUGAAGUAUUUUUGUCUUUUAUCGACCUCAGUUUCCUUGUUAUACACUGUUAUUAUGUGGUCCGUGUUAGUUUUCCUGAAAACGCGAUUAUAUUUGAUCAUACAAUACGUGUGUCUCAAAUACUGACUGGAAAUCUCUGUUUGAACUGCAGUCCGAAGUCCGAUCAGCAGGGUUGCGUCAUCGAUAAGGAUGGAUUUCAUCUAAAAAAAAUAAUAGAUCAAAGAACCCAUUUUAAUUCGAGACAAAGCGCCUAAAGAUUACGUCACACUCGUCCGCGUUAAAACAGAAAAUAACGCUUAAUAGAAUAGAAAUUAGACUAAUCUAAUUUACAAUUGGUUUCCAAAGCUCCAUUGCAGCGGCACUGAGGGCGAAGCUCGACGCAGCCGGUUGCUAACGAGAGCCGCUCAACUUUUCUCCUCCGGAGAAACACCUGCUGCCGGCGGACCAGGCCGAGCCGCCGAUCAAACAUGGCCCAUGUGCAUUAUAAAUUCUCCUCCAAGCUCAGCUACGACACGCUGGUGUUCGACGGGCCGCACAUCACCCUGGCGGACCUGAAGAGCCGCAUCAUGGGCCGAGAGAAGCUCCGAGCCGCGGACUGCGACCUCCGGAUCACCAAUGCCCAGAACCGAGAAGAGUACACGGACAGCGAGUGUCUCAUCUCCAAAGGUUCCUCUGUCAUCGUCAAACGGGUGCCGAUCGUCGGCGUCAAAGUGGGCAGCAAGAACCACAACCUUGAGCGGCCGGACCUUCGUCAGCACAGCAGCUACGGAGCAGUCAAACCAAUGAGCGACCAAAGUUUCUCCGUAGCGACGCCGUUUUUCUCCAAGAUCGUCAACCUGGCGCACGCUGACGUUUCGGAGGAGGACAAACUCAAAACCCUGUCUCAUCAGUCCCUCUACGAUCCGCAGACUUACACCAACUCAUUCAACGCCGUUCCUCAUGCCAAGUACACGUGUUACCGCUGUGGCACCGGAGGACACCACAUCAAGAACUGCCCCUCCAUCGGGACUGACAAAAACCUGGAGCCUCCUGUGAAGAUCAGGAAGAGCUCCGGCAUCCCUCGCUCCUUUAUGGUGGAGGUGGACGACCCCAACAUCAAGGGAGCCAUGCUGACCAGCAGUGGGCGCUAUGCCAUCCCGACGAUCGACGCCGAGGCAUACGCCAUCGGGAAGAAGGAGAGACCUCCGUUCCUCCAGCAAGAGCUGCCAAAGCUGGAGAGCAAGAAGGAAGCGGUGCCUGAGGAGCUGCUCUGUCUGAUCUGCCGGGACCUGCUGAGUGAUGCCGUGGUCAUCCCCUGCUGUGGGAACAGCUACUGCGAUGACUGUAUUCGCAGCGCCCUGCUGGAUUCUGAGGAGCACACGUGCCCCACCUGUGGACAGUCCGGUGUCUCGCCUGACACUCUGAUCGCCAACAAAUUCCUGCGACAGGCGGUGAACAACUACACGAAAGAGAAGGGUGACAGCAGCAGGACCGACAUGAGGAGCGCCCCGGGUCUCAGUGCAGCGCCGAGCCUGGCUCCCGCCCUGCGCAACUUGCCCCCCCAGAAACCACCACAGAAGCUGGCGGCGGAGCCGGCGCCGGUCCAGCGGUACUCACCAGGACGUGAUGCUGAGGCCAACAGUGCAGCGACGCCGUCUCUCCUGGUUUCCACCGAGGAGCCGGCUGCUGCGACCGCGGAGGUUCCUCCUGAACGUGUGGAGUCUGGGAGCGUGAAUCCUCAGGGCUCCUCCACAGGUUCCGCCCAGAGUCAGCCCCCCUCCUGGCACCAGCCGCUCAGCUCUUCUCUGUCCUACUCUGCUGGUGGUCCCACUGAUGCCAGCACCCAGCGCCACCUCACUUCCUCCUCAUUUCACGCGACUCCACCCCCGCUCUUCCCCACCCCCCCCUUUCAGCCCUUCCUCUUGCCCCAGCAGCAGUCGCUCAGAGCCUACCCCCCUGGCUACCCCCCUCCCUCGCCGCUGUGGAACCUGGCGAACCCCCAGUGUCCACCCGUCUCCUCUACAGCUUCCAUCCCGCCUCUCAUCCCCAAGGACUGGUACAGCAAACACCAAAGGGAGAGCAACAAGAGAAGGUCUCCAGACAGAGGGUCCACCUACAGGACCUCCUACUCUCAUUCAAAAUCCAUAUAUUCCAAGUCAAAGUCGCACAGUUCCAGCAGAUCCAGAUCCCGCUCCAGGUCUCAAGAGCGGUCCAGGUACAAAGUGGAGCACAGUCGCUCCUCGUCCUCCUAUAGUUACGACAACAAACGCUCCCGCUCGCCAACACCCUCUUCGUCGUUGUCGUCUCACAAGAGCUACCACAGGAAAAGUCGCCAUGACAAGCACUCAUGCAGGAUGGAGGAGUCACGUGACCCAUACGGCGGGCAGGCUGGCAGCCAGGAUCAGGAGUCACAGCAGUACUUCGAGUGGAAGAGACAGUACGAAGAGUGGUGCGACAAAUAUUUCAACAGCUACGUUACCCACUUCCAGCAACUCCCCCCCCAACACCUGUCCCAGCCGCCCCCCCUCCUGCAGGGAGACGUAGGGACGCGUCAGUCGGGUGAUCGGCGACGGGGCCGGCGCACCCGGAAGUCCUCCAGCCAAAGCCGCUCGCCGCCGACCCGCUCCAGUGAGAGCUGCUCCCCGCUCUCCAAAUCAUCCAGGGACAGUCGGUCUCCUCUGUCCCAGCGUUCCAGCCGCACCUCCUCACCACCUAAAGACCAUCAGGCCUCCACUCUGCAGAACAAGGACCAAGCUAAGAAGCAGGAGCACGCUGGGUCGUCGGCCUCCUUGGAUGGCAACAGAGGUGUGGAUCGAACUCCUGCUCACAUUUCAGCCCAACAUCACCACUCUGAGAGGUCCAGCAAAAGUGCUAGAAGGAAGAUCAAAGGAGGGAAGGUCACAGAAGGAAGGCGCAGAUCCAGAAGCAGAGACUCCAGAAGGGAGUCGACCAGACACCCGAAGGCGACGGCAGAAGACCUCAGAGCUUCUAAAGACGGAUCUGGCUCUGAGAAAAAGAAGAGAAGAAGAGAGGAGUCUGGGAGGAAAGACUUGGAACCUUGUUCAAGACACAGAAGAGGCCGAGCAGAGAAGAAAAAGGAAACGCCGGCGGAUGAGAAAAAUGUCUGGGAAAACAGAGCGAAUGUGAAGCUCCAAAAGAAGAUCAAUAUCAAAAUAAACCUGAGAGCUGCAGAAGAGAAAGUUGCUGAGAGUGCAGAGCAGGAUGUUGCUGAGGAAUCACAGGAACCAGUGGAGCCAGGUGAAGAAACAAGAGCGCGGCAAACAAAGGAGGAGGACAGUGUGGAGACGAGCGAGGAGUGGCAGGUGACAGACGUCUGCUGGGAGCUCGGGAAAGAUGUGGUGGAGGCAACGAUCGUCCGUGAAGGAGAAGAAGAAGGACAGGAUGCCAGUGGGAGAGAGGAAGCAAUGAUCGUGCAGGAGAGGAUGGAUGGAGAAGAGUGUGCUGAUGAUGGAGAGAACCCUGAGGAAGAAAAGUGUGUCUGUGAUAGAGAGCACGCAGAAGACAGAGGGACACUUGAAGGAGCCAUCGUUCAGGACAGGAUGGAUGUUGAAGAGUGUGUAGGUGAUGAAGAGAAACCUGAGGAAGGAAAGCUCAUCCACGAAGGGGAGGAGGAACAAGAGCACACAGAAGACAGAGAGACACUUGAAGGAGACAUCAUUCAGGACAGGGUGAACGUUGAAGAGCGCACAGAGGAUGGAGAGAAAAUGAUGGGCACUCUGGGGGGGGGUGAAUCGGAGGAGACGUCAGAGAUCGAGAGGCAAGAUGCUGCUACCCUGCCUGAGGAGACGCAGCCCAGCGAGGACAUGACGACACAAGAAGUGGAGGAAGCAGAGGCUCCCCUCAACUCAGAGAGCAACAUGACAGAGCACUGCAGGACAGAAGGGACGAGCGAGGAGAAGCCUCUGGGGGAGAGUCCACCGGACACAGAUGUGGACGUGCAGCAGGACGUUCCAUCCAGUGAGGAAAAAGAUGAUCGAGAGGUUCCACAGGUUCUGGUGGAGAUGCAAGCCUUCAGGGAGCAGAAGACUGAAGAUGAUAAAGAAGAGUUGAUGCUAGAAGAUGUGACGUCUGUGGUGAGUGAGGAAAACCUCUGCAUGGCUCCCUCUAGUGUCCAAGAGCAUAUCGCCACUUCUGCGUGUGACGAGAAAAGCAAAGAUGAAGGCAGUGGAAGAGAGGAAACGAUGGAGAAGGAAACACAGAGUAAUGGAGAUGAUGCUCUUCAGAGUGAGGAGGAGAGGGAACGCUGCAGCUCGGCUUCUUUCCUGGAGAGUUUGCUUCCGUCUGUUGCUGUCCCUUUGUUGUCAGAGCACAGAGAAAUAAAGGAGGUUGAAGAGAGCAGUGAUGUUUUCUCUACGUCAGAGGCACGGACUACACCGCCAGGUCAAAGUGUGACAGACUCAGACCAGCAGAUGGUAGACCGCUGUCCCCAGGACGGUCAGGAACUGACACUGGCCGAUCAAGAGCUCGUGUCUCAGAACGUGAGCAAGACACUGCCUCUCACUUUCACGCCUUAUGUGGAACCCCAGGAGCCAAAGGUCAUCAUCCCGGGCCUGGACUUAGAUGACCUUCCAGUGGAAGACGCUCCAGUGGCCGACCACUCUUUAAGUUCACACGAAGAGCCACACAGGUCCCGUCAGAGCCCCGUCCAGCAGCAGGAGGAGAAGAGGGCGAGUGGCAGGAAGCGCGAGAGCCGGCAGGAGCAGUGGAAGAAGUACAAGCUGGAGAAGGAGCGUCAGGAAGCGGAGAGGAGGCGGGAGUUUCUACAGCUCAUGGAGAGAAGGGAAAUUCAGAGAGACCCGGGUGUUGUGCAGGAAGAGACGCCCGCUUUCGGCUCAAUGGGCGACAGCACCAACUCACUGAAGAGAGAGGAGAGACUUGCUGCAGCAGAGGGUGCCGCAGAGCUGCAGAUGGCAGAGGAGCAAGGUCAGGAGGUGGAUGACCGGUGGAUCAGGUCCAUGUGAGUCCUUUACCGUACAGAGAAUACUUGAAUGAUUCUUCUCACACUGUGCAAUAAAGUGCCUGAAGGUUCCUUGUUUAUCUAGAGUUACUUAAUUUCAAGUGCCAGAGACACGUUCUGUUCUCUGGUUAUGUUAUACUUGACACAUUUGCUGCCUCUGCAGGGUUUGAUACAACUGUGAACAUUAAAAACAAAAUGUUUUAUUUAUUACUUUUUUUUUUUUUCAUUUUUAAUUAUUUAAUUUAAAAAUGAAUGGAUUAACUUCCCGAAGCAACAUUUUGUUUUCCUGUUUUGACGGUAAUAAAAAGCAAAAUGCGUUGAUAAGCCUGUUAUUCUAUCAUUGUUACAGAUGAAUGCAUGAAUAUUUCCUCCAUUUACUUCCUAAAACUGCUGUUUGUUGAAUAACAAGUAGGUUUGUAAUGACGCCGCUCUGACCUCAGUAAACCCAGCGAGACUCUCCUGCCGUCUCACUGACAUAUACGUGACGGGUGAUCAGCUGUGGCAUCAGGGGAGUGAUGGGGCUUUGUGAAACAGAGCAGAGAGUGGCAUCUAGUGGGCUCUGAAAUUGAGGACAGUGCCAUGAAGCCUCACAAGCACUAGAUAAGGGACGUGACGCAUCAUUUAAGACUGGAAAACACAGAUUAGAAGCGUGGUUUGGGGAAAAAGACUUACAAGACAUGUGUUUUCAAGCCUAUAUUUUACUGUGUUGUUUUGAGGCCCAAAUACAGCUCGUGAUCCAACCAUGUAAUUUUCAUGUUCCUUUACUGAACGUUAGUUUUCUGGAGAAACGUUGAUCCUGAGUGGCAGCUGGUGGGAUUGUGAUGUAUUUCAAUUAGAAAAUGUUAAAGUGAAGAAACGUCCAGAUCAAUACCCCAGACCUGGUGAAAGUGUUAUGUGGUCCAUCCUGAGGCUGUGCAGUUCACCAGAUGCUUCAGGAGAACUGUUAGAGCAUGGUUUGAAGAGAGGUUCUGGUGGAGACUCAGAGCAACUAAACUCGUGUGUCCCAGUGAAUGCAAAGACACCAGUGUUCAGUAAGUAUUGACCCAAAAUGUAUUUUACUGUUCCGCUGUAGACGCUCUGCUCUGUUGCGACUGAUAACUGGCAAAAACCCACCACCGCUGGACCACAGUCUCUUCUCAGUCCAUGUUCCUGGAGGGCAGCAUGUAGGGGGCUGGAUGGCAACGCCACGCAGGAAAAGAAGAGCAUUCAAGUCAGUGAUGCUUGCUGCAGCACCUCAUGGCUCAGGCUUGAGGGAGGAGGGGCUGCUCUUCCCUGGCAGGCUUAGAUCUGGAGCAGCAGACUCUGUGGCUGGA